AAACCAUGGAAAUGAUGAAACGGAAAAUAAAGCGGGACCCACUUGUCCACAUAUUUCCUAAUUUUAUUUUGAAACUUUAUUACUAUUAUUAUUCUUUUUAAUUUUGCAAAUUUCCCGCCGUCGUUCAUCCAUUCCAAUUCCAUUCCAGUCCCGACUGUUUGCACAAUUUUCCAUCUGAGCAAAAACCUCCAUGCCAUUCUCGAAGCCGAUCAGCGACUCUUCUCUUCUUUUGAUAUGAAACCGAAUCGCAAACUCAAGAGAACCGAUUCAUCUUCAAAGCUUGUAUUGGAGGAAAUUAUCGGUACCACUACAAAGAACAACAAUGGAUUGGCUUCCAACGUCAAUUCUGCAAACUGUGUCUACGUGGCCGGAUGCGUUGUGGUUGUGCACAAUGUUGAUUCUGGUACUCAAUCGCAUCUCGUGGUGCCUCAUCGGUUGUGCAAACCUCUGAGCUGUGUGGAAAUGUCCCUGGAUGGCCGCUUCGUGGCUGCUGGAGAGUCAGGGCCUCAACCUGCAGUCUUUGUGUGGGAUUUAGCUGGCAUGGCCUUUGUAUCAGAACUGAAAGGUCAUCCGUAUGGUGUUGCUUGUCUUGCUUUUUCACCUGAUGGGAAAUAUCUAGUGUCUGUUGGGGGAUACAUAUAUGUUUGGGACUGGCGGACUACAGCGUUGUUAACAAAGCUCAAAGCAAGUUCAUCUUGUUCGGCCAUCUCAUCUAUUUCCUUCUCAUCAGAUUCAAAAUCCAUUUUAACCGCUGGGAAGAAGCACUUGAAAUUCUGGACAAUUACAUCUCCUAAGACCCACUUUAAUUUAGGGACAAGUUCACUGUCUUUGCAUGGAAAGCCUGUUAAUCUUGGUCCGCAUCAAGGAAGCUCAUUUGUUUCAAUUACCUCUGGCUUUUUGGCGGACGGUAGCUCAGGUGAAGUUUUUCCGAUGUAUGCAUUGACUGAAACAGGUGUCCUUUGCCUGGUGAACUCUGGAUUUUCAGUAACAAAGUCCGUCAAUUUAAAGGUCGAUAAAAGUUUCGCUGUAUCUGCAUCUAGCAAGUUAAUUGCUUGUGCAUGCAGCAACGGAAUAGUACAACUUUUUGACGCUGAGAAUCUUCAGUAUGGUGGAAGUUUAGUCUAUUCAAGAUCCAAGCAAUUCGUCGGGGCAAGCAAUAUUGUUUAUCCCAUUAAAGAUGACGGAAAUGUUACACAAAACUUACCUGCCCUUCCUGAUGCAGUUGCAUGUUAUUUUUCAACCUCAGAAAAGCUUGUGGUUGUUUAUGGAGAUCACUAUCUUAACAUAUGGGACAUCCAUGAUCCAAAGCAGGCUACCAGGUCUUGUGUGCUAGUUUCGCAUUCUGCUUGCAUAUGGGAUAUCAAGGUUCUUUGUUGUGAGAACAUGCACGAUCCGUCUCUUGCUUGUGUUGCUAGAGGUUGUUCAGGAGGAAUGUCUUUUGCAACAUGCUCGGCAGAUGGUACUAUAAGGUUGUGGGAUCUAGCUUUGGAACCGGAUUCAGAAGAUGCAAUAGACAAUCAAAGCACUACACGCUUUGAAAGUGCUGGAAUAUUUGAACGAGAAACUGUGGAGGCUGGUUGUAGCACUCAAGGCUUUCGUUCUCUGGCAGCAAGUUCAGAUGGAAAAUACCUUGCUGCUGGUGACUGUGAUGGAAACAUUCACAUAUUUAACCUGCUAACUUCUGAUUAUACAUGUCUUCAGGGUGCUCAUGAUGCAGAGGUCCUAUCAUUAAGCUUUAGCUUGUUGAGUAGAAAUGAUGCUAUAUCUAAAGAAGUUAUACAAAGUUAUUACUACCUUGCUUCAGCAAGUCGAGAUCGAAUUAUCCAUCUUUACAAUGUUGAAAGGAAUUUUGAUCUCACUGAUACUAUUGUUGAUCACUCAGCAGCUGUAACUUCAGUAAAGAUCAGUUGCAAUGGACACAAAAUUAUAAGCUGCAGUGCUGACAGGUCUUUGAUUUUCCGUGAUUUCACGACAACAGAUAGUGGUCAUAUGAUUUCCCGCAGUCAUCACCAAAUGGCAUCUCAGGGUACUGUCUAUGAUAUGGCUAUAGAUCCUAAAAAGGACGUUGUUGUUACAGUUGGGCAGGACAAGAAGAUCAAUACAUUUGAUGUUGCUUCUGGGAAGCUAAUAAGAUCUUUCAGGCUCGAGAAAGAUUUUGGAGAACCAAUAAAAGUUGCAAUGGAUCCAAGUUGCAGUUACCUUGUUUGUUCCUAUUCGAACAAGUCUAUAUGCAUGCACGAUUUCAUUACUGGGGAAAUGGUUGUACAGGCAAUGGGGCACGGUGAAGUUAUUACUGGCGUUAUUUUCACACCAGACUGUAAACGCAUUAUUUCUAUAGGGGGAGAUGGUUGCAUUUUUGUAUGGAGACUUCCUGCAUUUUUAUCUUCAAGUAUGCAUCAGAAAAUGAAUGAAGGUUCUGGUCCAUUGUCUCCAGGAAGCAUGACUCAGCCUAUACCUUUUAGUAGAAUCAUGAUUUACGAAGAGGAUGGAGAUGAAGCAAAGCAACAUGCAACCAAUUCUGGUGAUGAUUCCAAGCAAGAUGGUUUUCGAGUGCUUCAUCAAGGAGAAGCUGCUCCGGAGGCAACAUUUAGAUUUAGCAUUUCAAGACUGCCCAGAUGGGCACAAUAUAAAGUAACAAACUCUGACAAUGCCCAAAUAAAUCAUGAGUCCACACCUUUGCAGAAAAGUUGCUGUUCUUUGGUUAUUGAUGAUCACGGAAAUGCACCUCUACUUCCAGAACUUCAAAUUUGUUCUGACCACAUCCUUGGAUCUGUUAACUCCUGCACCAGCAGCUUAUCCGGAAACUCUUCUGACAAUAGCAAUACUAAUGAUUCUCAUGUGCCUCAAGAAACUUUUAGCCGCUGGCUCUCCAUUUAUAACGUGUGUCUAGAUCUACCAAGUUCUCCUGAAAUGCAGAAUUUUAUGGACAGAAAAUCGGCGUCUUCCACUAAUGGACUACAAGAUGCAGCAAAGCUACCAGCUUUUAACGGAUGCUCUUCUGGUCAAGCUAGUAAUGAUAUAGAUAUUGGGGGAGAGUUGACUUCUAGUAAGAUUGCCAUCUUUCAUAAUUUUUCACCUAGUAAGCGUGAAUUUCACACGAGAAUGAAUGAGGUUCAUUCUGGGGAAAUGAAAGAGCUGCUUUCCAGUAAUGUGAAAAGUGAAAAGCAAGCAAUUGGAGAUAGUAUUCCGUGCCGCAUUAAGGCUGAAGAUGGUGAUCUAUUCAAGCUACAUUAUGGCAGUUUGUCAACGUCACAUAAGAAGAAUGAAUCAGCAGCAAGGAGAAGAUACUCUUCCAAAUAUGUUGUGCAGAAGGACUGUCUUGGAAGCAGCAAAAGACUUCGAAUGCUGCCUUAUGACUAUGGUUGUACAACUUUGAAUUACGUUGACGAAGCUACUAAUCAUUCUCCAUCAGAGAUAAUGCCAAGUCAGGUUUUGGCAGAGCAAGAACUGGAUUUUACAAGAACGACAGAGACCUUGCUAAGCUCAAAGUCAUUGCACUUUUCACAAAAUGAAAGCUAUCCAGGUGAAAAAGAGUCAAAAAGAGCAAAGCUGACAGAAGGAAAUAAUGGCAGUUCUCCAGCUCCAAGUGAACUGGAGGAGAAACGAACUAGUUGUAGGGAAGUUCUACUUGGUUUGGAUGCUGCAGCUGAGAAUGCAGUUCAGUUCUUCUCAAGAUUAGUUGCCCCCGCUUGUCAUGAAGAUAGUUUACAUGAAUCUGGAUUGGAGUUGUAUGAUGAAGCAGCCAAAUUACUUCCCUCAAUUAUAGAGAAAAUUAAUGCAGUUGCCAAAUUGGCGCAAUGCAAGAACAAAGAUAAAUGUGAAAGUACGAAAGAUGUUACUAUUACAGGAUUUGAACCUCUGUUAGGAACAUUUGCUAAGAAUCUUUCUGAAAAGGUUGAAAUUUUGAGGAAGAAUCUUGGUAGGAAUUCAUAGUUUUCUAUAAAUACCUUUGUACAAUGAAGUUCCGCCUAAUUAUGGUAAACAAAUUCAAAGGUAA